CUGUGUGUCCCAGUCCGGCUGUGGCUGCGGGGCUGCUCGGAGCGUGCGGGGGCUCUGCAGAGGCCACCUCAGCCCGGCCACCCCUGCGACAUGGGCACAGCGCGUCCCCGGCCUGGGCUGCUGCUGGCUGCGCUCUGCCUGCUCGCCUCCCACGGAGGAGCAGCAGCGUUCCUGAUCAGCACCCCGUACUCGCUGUGUGUGUGCCCCGAGGGCCAGAACGUGACCCUGAGCUGCCGUGUCAGCGGCGCCCUGGCCGAGCGGCACGACCUGCUCUACAAAACCUGGUACUUCAGCAGCACGGGCGACCAGAGCUGCUCCGACAAGCGCCACGUCCGCAACGUCACCGACAGGGAGCUGCACCACGACCUGGCCAGGCACCACAACGCCUCCCAAAAACCCUCCUCCCCGGGCAGGCCGAGCGGCCACCGCGGCGUGGAGCUCCUCCUUGACCACCACGGCGCCUUCCACAUCGUGGUGGCCAACGUGACGCUGCAGGACAGCGGGAAUUACUGCUGCUACGCCGUGGAGGUCAGCAGGGAAGGGCACGGCAAGCCCCACACCCUGCAGGUGGCCCAUGGCUUCGUGGAGCUGCAGGUCCAACGAGGCAAAGGAGGCCUUCAAAACUGCACAUUUCACACUGCCACCGGCAAAGACAUCACGGCGGCCGCGCUGGCCACGGGCGCCUGCAUCGUGGGCAUCCUCUGCCUGCCCCUCAUCCUGCUCCUCAUCUACAAGCAGAGACAAGCUGCCAGCAGCAGACGUGCCCACGAGCUUGUCAGGAUGGAUAGGUAAGGAACCCAGGAGCUCCCAGCUCCUCACACG